UGUCUUGCCUUUAACUCCUUGGGGCGCCUCUGUGGGCGCGCUGCGCGUUCUCGCAAUCGUCUGCCUGCGUCGUCAAUUCCUUACAUUUUUUUCUUCGAGGGUUAGACAUCAGACCUCAGGAAUGAAUCAGCUGGUUGCAUCGUGCUGGACUUGCCUCCUGCUCUGCGCUUUCCUGUGUGAGCCUGCGUUGUCGAAAGGAGGUCGUGGAGGAUCGCGGGGCUCAUCUCGCGGAUCUCCCUCGCGCAGCUCCACAGCUGGCACCUUCCGGGGAGGGGGGGCCUACGGUGGGACUCGCUCCCGCUUUCGGGCAGCAGGUCGGACGUCCCCAGUGAGGGUGGCAGCAGCGGCAGCAGCUGGAGCAGCGGUGGCGUUAACGGCGGAUAAAUGGUACGCGUCUGCAUACCGCCGCAGCGAUACCGACAGCUCCGAAGAAGAGCUGGAUUACUACAACAGGACCAACUAUUUUGAUGCGCUCAUGUCAAGCUCAACUCAAAAUGGAUCUCUCCUUUCUCAAAUAGUUUCCAUCUUUAUUGCAACAUUAUCCCCAAAAUGUGGACUCUUACUGGACUUUGUACUGUAGAUGUUCAAUGUCAAAUUUUAGAAAAAAUUACAGAUGUGGUUUAAGAUGGAAACUAUGAUAGAAGCUGCGUUGGGAAGACCAGUUAGAGGUGGGACAAAGAGGCGGAAGGAUGCAAUCACAAAAACAUCACUGUACUGUAUGUUUUUACAUCAGAGGCUACCAGUGGACAAAUAACAAUUAUCAGCACAGUAUUCAUGGUCACAUCUCCCCGUUUAAAGAGUACAUCUCUGCCAGAACUGUUUUUGUUUAUUGUGAUACAAAAUUUGUUUCUAAUAUCUAACAAAAAUACACACACACACACACACACACACACACACACACAUAUAUAUAUAUUCACAGAACGGUCUCAAACUCUCACAUCAGUUUCUUGCAAUUUUUUGAUUAUGCUGCCAAACUCAACUUGACUAAAAAAAAGAAAAAAAAGGAAAAAAAAAGUUUUUAUAAUUCUA